UUAGUGGAGCGAAGUGUAGUAGGGUUUACUAGAUUUACACAUUUCCAAAGAGUUGCAGCGUGGUGUUAGGGUUCUUGGAAAAAUCCCAUUACAUUCAGAUCCGCUUAUAAUUAAGAUCUCCUUCGAUGUCGAUGGGUGGUUCGCAGACGCUUGAUAUUCUUGGGGAUCGUCAGUCUGGUCAAGAUGUUCGCACCCAAAACAUUACGGCUUGUCAAUCUGUUUCAAAUAUAGUGAAGACUUCACUUGGUCCUGUUGGACUUGACAAGAUGUUGGUCGAUGAUAUUGGGGAUGUAACCAUUACAAAUGAUGGUGCCACAAUUCUCAAGAUGUUGGAUGUUGAACAUCCAGCUGCCAAGGUACUUGUUGAGUUGGCUGAGCUUCAAGAUCGAGAAGUAGGAGAUGGUACUACUUCUGUUGUCAUCAUAGCAGCCGAGUUACUUAAGAGAGCGAAUGAUCUUGUCAAAAAUAAGAUUCAUCCAACAUCCAUCAUUAGUGGAUACAGACUUGCAAUGAGAGAAGCAUGCAAAUAUGUUGAUGAAAAGCUGGCAGUUAAGGUUGAAAAGCUUGGAAAAGAUUCUCUUGUAAACUGUGCCAAGACAAGCAUGUCCUCAAAAUUGUUAGCGAGUGACAGUGAUUUCUUUGCCAAUUUGGUUGUUGAAGCUGUACAGUCCGUUAAAAUGACCAAUGCACGGGGUGAAAUUAAGUAUCCAAUCAAGGGAAUCAAUAUCCUUAAAGCUCAUGGUAAAAGUGCUAAGGAGAGCUACUUGUUAAAAGGCUAUGCACUUAAUACUGGCCGUGCAGCACAAGGAAUGCCUAUGAGAGUUGCUCCUGCAAAGAUUGCAUGUCUCGACUUUAAUCUUCAAAAGACAAAAAUGCAAUUGGGGGUUCAAGUAUUAGUCACCGACCCAAGGGAGUUGGAGAAGAUCCGUCAAAGGGAAGCUGAUAUGACGAAAGAACGCAUUGAGAAGAUUCUCAAGGCUGGAGCUAACGUCAUUUUGACCACAAAGGGGAUUGAUGACAUGGCACUCAAGUACUUUGUGGAGGCUGGUGCAAUAGCUGUUAGACGUGUGCGGAAGGAGGAUUUACGCCAUGUUGCAAAGGCAACUGGUGCAACUGCGGUUUCAACAUUUGCGGACAUGGAAGGAGAGGAAACAUUUGAUUCAUCUUUUCUUGGAUAUGCCGAUGAAGUAGUAGAGGAGCGCAUCGCAGAUGACGAUGUAAUAAUGAUAAAGGGAACCAAAACCUCGAGCGCGGUUUCCCUCAUACUCAGAGGUGCUAAUGACUUCAUGCUUGAUGAGAUGGAUAGGGCUUUGCAUGAUGCUUUAUGUAUUGUCAAAAGGACUCUGGAAUCCAAUGCGGUGGUUGCAGGUGGAGGUGCAGUGGAGGCUGCCUUAUCUGUCUAUUUGGAGUAUCUUGCUACAACUUUAGGAUCUCGGGAGCAGUUGGCAAUUGCAGAAUUUGCUGAAUCAUUGUUGAUCAUUCCAAAGGUUCUUGCUGUCAAUGCUGCAAAGGAUGCAACUGACUUGGUUGCCAAACUUCGUGCCUAUCACCAUACUGCACAAACUAAGGCAGAUAAGAAGCAUCUCUCAAGCAUGGGGUUGGACCUAGUAAAGGGUACCACCCGUAACAACUUGGAAGCUGGUGUGAUUGAACCUGCAAUGAGCAAAAUCAAGAUCCUACAGUUUGCAACCGAAGCAGCUAUUACAAUAUUACGAAUCGAUGACAUGGUCAGACUUGUGAAGGAUGAGAGUCAAGAUGGUCAAGAUUAAAUCUACUUUUUGCUGACUAGAAAUCAUGACUGGCAGUCUUCGGCUACUGUAAUUUUGGUUAGUUUGAUACUGGAAAGAUUAGCGUUGGUGAGGUGGAAAGUCUUUUAUUGGUUCGAUUUGAUUUGGUUUGGUUUGGUUUGGUUUAGUUUGGUUCGGUGGUGAUGGUUUUGGCACAACCACAGGGUUUUAUGUAGUAAAAUCUUAAGAGUUGGCCUUUCCAUUUAAGCUUUUGGUAAAAAAGAAGUUGGAUUUUUAUAAGAUUUCCAACUUUUAGGGGAUGAAAUGGUGUUAUUCUUCUUCUUCAGACACUUGUAAUUGUAUCAUCUGUUGAACCAAGAUUAUGUUUUAUUUGUC